AGUAGGUCUACCAUGUUAAAUUACAGUUACUGAGUCAGGAUUCUCAAAUAUGUACACUUUUCUUUGUUUCUUUGUUUUUUUUCUCCAUUAACCUUUUUUUUUAUUGUAUGUAAUCAUCAUCGUUUGAUGUGUAGAUCGUCAUUUGCUGUUUGAUUCUCUUCCUGUCAUUUUCUUUUUCAAUUUUCUCUUUGAUUUCGUGAGAAAGUUUCUACCAUGGUUGUGUGGCCAAGACCUUUCUUUUCUUGUUAGGUUUUAUGUGGAAACUGGUAUGAAUCUCAAUUGUUAGAUCAUGGUUAUUGUGUAUUGAAAAUUGAAACUUCAAAUUUGCGACCAGUUAGAUUUUCUGCAAGUGUUUUCUCUUUUACCCUUUUGUUAGAGGGUGAUGAUUUUCUGGUAAAGUUGGGAGAAAAUUGAUAGCUUAGCUUUCGUGAGAGAUGAAUUGUUUUCCUGAUGAGGUGAUUGGGCACAUAUUUGGUUGCGUGACUUCACAAAGGGACAGGAAUGCCGUGUCUCUGGUGUGCAAGAACUGGCACAGGUUAGAGAGAUGUUGUAGGAAGAGUUUGUUCAUAGGGAACUGCUACACCAUAAGUCCUGAGAGAGUGAUAGAGAGGUUCCCUGAGCUAAGGUCCUUAACUUUGAAGGGAAAGCCUCAUUUUCCAUAUUUUAGUUUGGUUCCUAGUGGUUGGGGUGGUUUUGUGGCUCCUUGGAUUGAAGCAUUGGCCAGGAGCAGGGUUGAUUUAGAGGAGCUGAGGUUGAAGAGGAUGGUGGUCACAGAUGAGAGCCUGGAGCUUCUUUCCCGUUCUUUCGUGAAUUUCAAGUCUUUGGUUCUUGUUCGUUGUGAAGGGUUCACCACCGAAGGACUUGCAGCUAUAGCUGCAAAUUGUAGGUUCCUUAAGGAUCUGGAUUUGCAUGAAAAUGUAGUUACCGACCUCAAAGGCCAGUGGCUAAGCUGUUUUCCUGAUUGCUGUACAUCUCUUGUCUCUCUUAAUUUUGCUUGCCUUAAAGGGCAGAUUAAUGCGGGGGAUCUCGAGAGACUUGUGGCCAGAUCUCCUAACCUUAAAAGCUUAAGGUUAAACCAUACCGUGCCCCUCAGUGCACUCCAAAGGAUAUUGAUGCAAGCACCUCAGCUAGUGGACUUGGGUAUUGGGUCAUUUGUCUUUGAUCCACGUUCUGAGGUCUACAAUAAUAUGAAGAAUGCCAUCUUAAAGUGCAUGUCAAUAACCAGUUUGUCAGGAUUUUUCUGGGUUUAUCCUCACUGCCUUAGUGCUUUAUAUCCUGUUUGCAUGAACUUAACAACCUUGAACCUGAGGUUUGCAGCAGGAAUUCAGAACACAGAGCUAAUAAAACUAAUAUGCUGCUGUGGGAAACUUCAGCGUUUAUCGAUAAUGGAUUGCAUUGGAGACAAUGGACUAGGUGUUGUGGCUGCCACAUGUAAAGAUUUGCAAGAACUAAGGGUUUUUCCGGUUGUUCGUGUUGGUGGAAAUGGCCCUACAAGAGUCACAGAGAAAGGACUUGUUGCAAUCUCUAUGGGUUGCCCUGAGCUUCACUCAUUGCUCUACUUCUGCCAGCAGAUGACAAACGCCGCCCUCAUAACUGUGGCUAAAAACUGCCCAAAUUUCAUCCGCUUUAGGUUGUGUAUCCUUGAUCCAACAAAACCUGACCCUGAUACAAUGCAGCCACUCAACGAAGGUUUUGGCGCAAUUGUGCAGUCUUGCAAGCAGCUUCGGCGGUUGUCACUCUCUGGCCAGCUGACUGAUCAAGUUUUCCUUUACAUUGGGAUGUAUGCUGAGCAGCUUGAGAUGCUGUCUGUAGCAUUUGCAGGAGAAAGUGACAAGGCUAUGCUCUAUGUGUUGAAUGGAUGCAAGAAAAUUCACAAGCUUGCGAUAAGAGGUAGCCCUUUUGGUGACUCAGCGCUUCUGAUGGAUGUAGGGAAGUAUGAAACAAUGCAAUUCCUUUGGAUGACGUCCUGCAAUGUCACCGUUGGAGCCUGCAAGGCACUAGCUGAGAAGAUGCCAAGACUAAAUGUGGAGAUAUUUAACGAAAACAAAAAGGUAGAUCGUGAUGUGGAUGAUGGCCAGAAAGUAGAGAAGAUGUACUUAUAUAGAACACUGGCUGGGAGAAGGAAAGAUGCACCAGAACUUGUAUGGACUCUGUAGGUGUGCACUUUGGCUAUGUAAGUUCUUGUUACUAAACUGUUUCACUAGACUGUACCAAUUAAUGGAACUUUUGUCGGGGUCCUUGCACGUGCUUGCUUAAACAUGGAGUUUAUUGGGGAACCAAUUAAAGAUUACCAUAUAACUUUGAAUGAAUCACCAUUUUGGUCCUUGAAAUUGUAAGAACCAAGAAAAUUUAUGGGGAGCAGCAAAUAUAUAUGCAAUAUCAUUGAACUUGAA